AUAUUCUACGACAUACGUAAAACUGUCAUCAAAAACGUAUACUUGAGCAGAGCAUAUUUCUUUUAUCUUUCCGAGAAUUUUUAUUCCGUUAAAUAUACACAUCAAUGGACUCGCUUAUACGUAGAAAGCAGGCAAAAAUAACAAAAAAUGGCUCGGAAGAGUAUGUUUAAUCGCACAUUGAAAUUUAUGCUUACUUUGUGUGGUGUUUGGCCAGGCGUACCGUACAUAGUGCUUUGCAGAAUAUGUUGGAUCAUUACAGUGACAUUUAUUCUAUUCUGUCACUAUCGCUACUUUCUCACACAUGUGUAUUCUGCCGAACUUUUGGACUUGAUGGACUGCAUGUCUAGUUUCCUUGCAUAUUCCAAAGUGAUUAUUAAGUUUUUUUUGAUUAUAUUUUGGCUGAAUGAACAAAAAUUCGCCGAGGUUUUGAUAAUAAUGGCGGAAGACUGGAACGAUUGCUGCAACAACAACAUUAAUAUGCGCGAAACAACGUGCAAGGCUAAAUUAGCAGGUCGUAUCACUAAUGCGCUAUUCACACUUCACACGUUAACGGUCAUUGGAUAUAGCAUCGGCAUUUUUUUGGCCGACGUCGACGUCACCGAUCAUCAGUCCGAACUACCUCUUCUCUUAAGAGUGGUACUUCCUGUCGACAUAAAGACAAAGUGCAGGUACAAAAUGCUAUUAUCUGCACAAUUUAUCCAUCUCAUCCUGAUCGCCUGUGGAACUGGUUUAAUAAAUGCUCUGCUUUUAACUUUGGUUUUACACACAGGCGGCCAAAUAAACAUCCUGCGUUGCUGGUUGAAUGAGCUUGUAACUAAAGAAAACGAAGAUGGAGGCGAAAUUGUCGUCACGACGAGUAAAAUCAUUCGAAAGCAUCAAAGAAUCAUCAACUUCGCGGAAUACAUCGAGAAUAUGUACACGUAUAUCGCCUUGUUGCAAUUCAUAUUAAACACUGUGCUGAUUUGCUCGUUGGGAUUCCUUAUUGUAACCGCGAUUGGCAGUCCCGAUGCGACAAAGCAGAUAGGGAGAACCCUCUUAUUUUACACUGUGACAAAUCUCGAAGCGUUUAUAUUUUGCUUUGCAGGAGAAUAUUUGAAAAACAAGAGCAAAGCUAUUGGAAAUGCAGCAUACUAUUCUGCAUGGUAUAAAAUGAAACCUAAAAGUAGUCGUAAUUUAAUAUUCGUCAUUUUAAGAGCGCAGAAGCAAUUGACGCUUACAGUUGGAAAAAUAAUGGAUCUUUCUUUAGAAUCGUUUACAGACGUAAGAUUUACACAGAGCAGGCAGAAAUAACAAAAAAUGGCUCGGAAGAGUACGUUUAAUCGCACAUUGAAGUUUAUGCUUACUUUGUGUGGUGUUUGGCCAGGCGUGCCGUACAUAGUGCUUUGCAGAAUAUGUUGGAUCAUUACAGUGACAUUUAUUCUAUUCUGUCACUAUCGCUACUUUCUCACACAUGUGUAUUCUGCCGAACUUUUGGACUUGAUGGACUGCAUGUCUAGUUUCCUUGCAUAUUCCAAAGUGAUUAUUAAGUUUUUUGUGUUUUGGUUCCAUCAGCAAAAAUUCGUCAAAAUCUUGGCGAUGAUAAGAGAAGAUUGGAAUGAUUGCGUUAACGAUGACGUCAUCAGUAUGCGCGAGACAGUACGCAAAGCGAAAAUAUCGGAUCGUAUCACAAACGCGAUCGUUACACUUCAUACGACGACAAUUGUGAUGUAUUGUAUCGGCAUCAUUCUGGCCGAUGCCGAUGUCACCGAUCGCACGACAGAACUACCCUUCAUCAACAAGCUGGAAAUACCCUUCAAUAUAAACACGCAGCGCAUGUACAGAUUCGUAUUAAUCACGGAAUUCGUGCUUAUGCUUUUUUACGGUUGGGCAGCUGGUAUAACAAACUCUUUAUUAUUAACUUUGGCUAUCGGUAGUCCCAAUGCGUCAGAACAGAUAUUAAAAUCCCUCUUAUUUUAUAUCAUAACAAACCUCGAAGCGUUUAUAUUCUGCUUCGCUGGAGAGUAUCUGAGCAGCAAGAGCAAGGAAAUUGGCAUUGCGGCGUACAACUCUGCAUGGUACGAUUUGAAAUCUAAAGACAGUCGUGUUUUGUUAUUUAUCAUAUUAAGAUCACAGAAGCAAUUGACGCUUACAGUGGGAAAGAUGAUGGAUCUCUCUUUAGAAUCCUUCACAAGCAUUAUGAAUGCUUCGGGAUCAUACCUGUCGGUAUUGUUGACUAUGCAAUAAACGUCAGAUU